CCCACAUUAUGGAGAUUCGUCAGCCAUUGUAGCUUUGCUAUUAUUACAAUAAUAAUAAUAUAAUAUUGUGUUGUGUAACUGAAUUUGGGAAUGGCUUCUUCUUCUACGGAAGCCGAUUCCCGCCUGAACCAAAUCCUAGUCCCAGCCCUCGAGAAGAUCAUCAAGAACGGCUCAUGGCUGAAGCACUCUAAGCUCGCGCAUGAGUGCAAAUCCGUUAUCGAACGCUUCUCAUCGCCUAUCAAAGCCCCAAGCACUCCUGCUUCAGCUCCCACUUCCCCUUGUAGCCAAUGGGACGCCUCCCUCCCUGGCGUCCUCGCCGACUUCUCCCUCGCUAAUUCCGAGCUCUUCCUCAGCCCUCUCAUCACCGCUUUGGCCUCCGGCAACCUUCACAUAGCCGAGCCUGCUCUCGACGCACUCCAGAAGCUCAUUACCCAUGGCUACCUACGGGGCGAGGCUGACCCGACUGGCAGCCCCGGCGCUAGGCUUUUAGCGAAGCUCAUCGAGGCUGUCAGCAAAUGCCUUGAACUUGGCGACGAUCACGUCGAAUUGCUUGUUAUUAAGACCGCUUUAUCCUCUGUCACAUCACUAUCGCUGCGAAUCCAGGGAGAUUCUCUCCUACAGGUUGUGAGGACUUGCUACGAUUUAUGCUUGGCGAGUAAAAAUGUGAUGAAUCAGGCUACUGCCAAGGCAUCGUUGAUCCAAAUUCUGGUGAUUGUGUUCCAGAGGAUGGAGGCGGACUCUACUACCAUCCCGCUCCGGCCUAUUGCAGUGGCGGAAUUGAUGGAGCCAGCAGAGAAGGGUGAUGGAGAUGGGACUAUGACAAUGUUUGUCCAGGGUUUUAUAACUAAAAUUAUGUCAGAUGUGGAUGGGAUGUUGAUCACCUCUCCUCUGAGUACAAACGCAGAUGGUGUUGCUUACAGUAUGGCGUUUGAUGCUACCGCUUCCAGUGUGGAGAUGGCUAAUAACCCUGCUGAUGUACUGGAUUCAACAGACAAGGAUAUGCUGGAUGUGAAGUACUGGGAGAUCAACAUGUUCAAGACGGCUCUGGAGGGCAGGAAAGAGGAGUUGAUGGAUGGUGAUGGGGAGAGGGAUGAUGAUUUGGAAGUUAAAAUUGGGAAUCAGCUGAGACGGGACGCUUUCUUGGUUUUCAGAGCAUUAUGUAAGCUGUCCAUGAAGACACAGUUGAUGAAGGGGAAGAUUGUGGCUCUGGAGUUGCUCAAGAUACUGUUGGAGAAUGCAGGAACAGUUUUCAGGACAAGUGAAAGAUUUUUAGGUGCCAUUAAGCAAUAUUUGUGUUUGUCACUACUGAAAAACAGUUCUUCAAGCCUUAUAACUCUUUUCCGGCUCUUGUGCUCAAUUUUCAUUAGUCUGGUUUCAAGAUUUAGAGCUGGAUUGAAGGCAGAAAUUGGAGUGUUUUUUCCCAUGAUUGUCCUCAGAGUACUGGAAAAUGUUUCUCAACCAAAUUUUCAGCAGAAAAUGAUAGUACUUAUGUUCCUUGAGAAGCUUUGUGUAGACUCCCAAAUAUUUGUAGAUAUAUUCCUUAACUAUGAUUGUGAUGUCCAGUCUUCAAACAUAUUUGAGAGGAUGGUAAAUGGGCUUCUUAAAACUGCUCAAGGUGCCCCACCAGGUACGGUGAUGACACUCUUACCCCUACAAGAAGCAACCAUGAAGCUGGAAGCUAUUAAAUGCUUAGUGGCCAUCUUAAAAUCUAUGGGAGACUGGAUGAACAAACAACUAAGAAUUCCAGAUCCUCAUUCUGCAAAGAAAUAUGAGACAUCUGAAAUUGAUUUUGAACCAUUAAGUCCUUUUGGAAAUAAUGCUUAUGUAAAUAAUGGAGAUAGGAGUGAUGCUGUUAAAACAUCAGAUUCUCAUUCUGAAGCCUUCAUUGAAGUUUCUGAUGCUUCAACAAUUGAGCAGUAUCAUUCUUACAAGCUUGAACUUCAGGAAGGUAUAUCUCUUUUUAAUUGCGAACCAAAGGAAGGCAUCAAUUUCCUGAUAAAUGAAAAUAAAUUGGGAAACUCAGUGGAGGAGAUAGCCUCUUUCCUUAAAAAUACCUUGGGUUUGAAUAAGACUUCAAUUGGUGAUUAUCUAGGGGAAAAAGAGGACUUAUCACUAAAAGUAAUGCAUGCAUAUGUGGAUUCCUUUGACUUCCAUAGUGUGGAGUUUGAUGAGGCAAUCAGGGCCUUUCUACAUGGGUUCAGAUUGCCAUGUGAGGCGCAAAAGAUAGAUCGUAUAAUGGAAAAGUUUGCUGAACGUUAUUGUAAAUGUAAUCCAAAGGCCUUUUCAAGUACGGAUACUGCAUAUGUCCUUGCUUACUCUGUCAUAAUGCUUAAUGCUGAUGCUCAUAGUCCCAUGGUCAAGAGCAAGAUGUCAGCUGAUGAUUUUAUAAGGAACAAUCAUGGGAUUGAUGAUGGCAAAGAUUUGCCAGAGGAGUACUUGAGAUCUUUAUUUGAGCGAAUAUCAAGAAAUGAGAUCAAAAUGGAGGAUGAAGAUAGUUUGGCUGUUCAACGUAGGCGGUCUGUGGACUCUAACAAAAUUUUAGGCUUAAAUAGCAUCCUGGAUAUUGUGGCCCACAAGCGAGUGGAAGAAAAUAUAGAGACCAGUGAUGAUCUCAUUAAGCACAUUCAGGAACAAUUUAAAGAAAAUGCUCCAAAAUCCGAGUCAGUUUUUUAUCAGGCAACAGAUGUGGUGAUCCUAAGGUUCAUGAUUGAGUCAUGCUGGGCUCCAAUGUUGGCUGCUUUCAGUGUUCCUCUUGACCAAAGUGAUGAGGAAGUUGUAAUAGCUCAGUGUUUGAAAGGCUUUCGUUAUGCUAUUCACAUCAUUGCAGCUAUGUCCAUGAAAAUGCAUAGAGAUGCUUUUGUGAUAUCUGUUGCAAAGUUCACUUCCCUUCACUCACCUGCAGAUAUCAAACAAAAAAAUAUUGAUGCCAUAAAGGCAAUAGUGACAAUUGCAGAUGAGGACGGAAAUUACUUAGAGGAUGCAUGGGAACAUAUAUUCACAUGUGCUUCUCGGUUUGAGCAUUUGCAUCUCAUAUGGGAGGGUGCUCCUCCAGAUGCCAUAUUCUUUGCACUUCCUCAGAAUGAUCUUGACCAUUCGAAACAAGCCAAAUCAAAUAGUCUGAAAAAGAAAGGACCUGGGAAAAUAAAAAAUGCAGCUUCUUCUAUGAGAAGGGGUUGUUAUGAUAGUGCUGGUGUCAGUGGCAGUGCUGUUGCUGAGAUUACCUCUGAACAGAUGAAUAAAUUGGUCUCUAACUUGAACAUGUUUGAACAAGUUGGUGAAAUGAGCCACAUAUUCAUUAGGAGCCAAAAGUUGAACAGUGAGGCAAUAGUUGACUUUGUCAAGGCUUUGUGUAAGGUGUCUAUGGAUGAAUUGCGACCUACAUCAAAUCCUAGGAUUUUCAGCCUCGCGAAGAUGGUUGAGAUUGCGCACUACAACAUGGAUAGGGUCAGGCUUGUUUGGUCAAAAAUCUGGAAUGUACUUUCUGAUUUCUUUGUGGACAUUGGCUGUUCUGAAAACCUUUCAAUUGCCAUAUUUGCAAUGGACUCUUUACGCCAGUUGUCAAUGAAAUUCCUGGAGCUGGGGGAACUGACUAAUUAUAAUUUUCAGAAUGAAUUUAUGAAACCCUUUGUGAUUGUUAUGCAAAAGAGCAGUGCUAUUGAAAUCAGAGAGUUAAUAAUCAGAUGUGUGUCUCAGAUGGUUUUGUCUCGAGUUAAUUAUGUGAAGUCAGGAUGGAAAAGCAUGUUCAUGGUUUUUACUACAGCUGCUUAUGAUGGCCACAAAAGCAUUGUGCUUCUAGCCUUUGAAAUAAUGGAAAAGAUUGUUCGAGAUUGUUUUCCAUAUAUUACUGAGACUGAGAGGGCUUUCACAGUUUGUGUUAAUUGUCUUGUUGCAUUCACAAGUAGUAGACCCAAUCAAAACAUUAAUCUUAAUGCCUUUGCUUUAUUACGUUUCUGUGUGGAUAAACUUGCUAAAGGAGAUCUCGACUCUUCAAAGAACAAGGACAAAGAAACUUCAGGAAGUAUCUCUAAACUGCAGAAGGGAAAUGAUAAAACAAAUGAAAAUGGGGAGUUAGCAAACAAGGAGGAUCAUUGUUAUUUAUGGUUUCCAUUGUUGGCUGGAUUGUCUGAAUUAAGCCUUGACCCAAGUCCUGAAAUCAGGAAGAACGCUCUAGAAGUGCUCUUUGAUUCUUUACGCAACUAUGGUCAUCAUUUCUCUUUACCACUGUGGGAAAGGAUCUUCGAAUCUGUCUUAUUUCCGAUCUUUAACUACGUUCAACUUACUAUUAAUCCUUCUGGUGAAAACUCACUGGAGCAAGAAUUAGAUGGUGAUGAAGGCAAACAUGAUCAAGAUGUGUGGCUUUAUGAUAUGUGCACACUGACUUUCGAAGUGAUUGUGGAUCUUUUUGUUAAGUUUUAUGACACCAUAAAUCCACUCAUGUGGAAGGUGCUGACGAUAUUGGUGAGUUUUAUUAAGCAUCCUCACCAGGGCCUUGCUGGUAUCGGCAUUACUUCUGUUGUUCGUCUGAUCAGCAGUGCUGGGAAUCUAUUCUCUGAAGACAAGUGGUUUGAAGUAGUUUCAUUUCUUAAAGAAGCUGCUCAUGCUACACUUCCUGAUUUCUCUUUUAUUCUAAUUGAAAAUAAUAAGUUUUGGACAGAGGAGGAAAUUCUGAGCAGGAACACAGGAGAAUCAGCUGCAACAGAUACACCUGAUGAUGAUAAACGACACCUGAGGCUUCAUCAUCUAUACACUUCUAUUUCGGAUGUCAAGUGUAGGGCUGCUGUUCAAUUUUUAAUAGUUCAGGCAGUAGUGGAGAUUUAUAACAUACAUAGACAGCAGCUUUCCGCAAAAAAUGUUGUUGUCCUCUUUGAUGCUGUGCAUACUGUGGCAUUUCAUGCUCACGAGAUAAACAGUGAUGCCAUAUUGCGGUCAAAGCUGCAUGAACUUGGCUCCAUGACCCAGAUGCAGGACCCUCCAUUAUUGCGCCUUGAAAACGAGUCUUAUCAAAGUUGUCUCACAGUUUUAAAGAAUCAUGCAAUUGACAGACCUCCCAGUUCUGAAGAGUCUGAAAUAGAGGCCUACUUUGUCAACCUAUGCCAGGAGGUCCUGCAGUUUUAUAUUGAAGUUGCAUGCUCUGGACCACUAUUUGAGUCAUCUGUUCGUGCACGGACUUGUUGGUUGGUUCCCUUAGGUUCUGGUAAACGGAGGGAGUUGGCUGCACGGGCACCUCUCGUUGUUUCAGCUUUGCAGGCUAUUUGUAGUUUAGGAGAAUCAUCGUUUAGAAAAAACUUGUCUUGCUUCUUCCCAUUACUCACAAGCUUGGUAAGUUGUGAGCAUGGAUCAAAUGAGGUUCAACUAGCCCUUAGUGAUAUGUUCAGCUCAUCGGUGGGCCCAGUUCUACUUACAUCACAUUGAGAGUGGCUUGAUCUGACAUCCGCGAUUUUUAGAUGUGGGCUGUUGGCCUAUAAGGCAUCAUUUAUACCUCUGGAGAUCAAGCUAGGCUGCUCUGCUGGUGUGAUUGGGGGACCUCCUGUCCUUUGAAAUGCUAACAUUCAC